ACUGAACAAAAAAGAAUGUAUGUUGUUGUAUCGAGGGGAUGCCCACUUCGUUUUGGUAUUGGAUUGGCAUUGGGAGGAAUGAAAUCGAGCAGCACAAUGCCAAUAACACUGUUCACUGUCAAAGCCCUUUCUUCUUCUUCUUCUCCAAACGAAAACCCAAACCCAGGUUCUGGAGUGACCAACAACACCUCUUUGCCAGAAGUCCGAACUUAUACGAGGAAAAAGAGGGUUAAAAAGACAGUGGAUGUCGUGGAAGAGAAUAAUACCAAAGCAGAAAACAAAAAUCAUAGCCGGUGUGGCCUACCUGACAUAGAGGAAUUUGCAUACAAGAAGGUAGAUGGAUCUGGUCGGUCAGGAAAGUCAAAGUCCACAUGUGAUGAGCUUAAUUUGGGUGUUGGUGUUACUUCUCCAACUGGAUCGGGAGGCAAAGCACCUGCCAAUUGGGAUAAAGUGCUUCAAGGAAUAAGAAAAAUGAGGUCCUUGGAAGAUGCACCUGUAGAUACUAUGGGAUGUGAGAAAGCCGGAAGUGUUCUUCCACCCAAGGAAAGAAGAUUUGCUGUCUUGAUAUCGUCACUACUAUCUAGCCAAACCAAAGAUCAUGUUACUCAUGGAGCAAUUCAACGUCUAGGUCAGAAUUGUCUUCUGACUCCUGAUGCUAUUGACAAAGCCGAUGAAGAAACUAUCAAGGAGUUGAUCUACCCGGUUGGGUUUUAUCCAAAGAAAGCUACUAAUAUGAAGAAAAUUGCAAAAAUCUGUCUUAUGAAGUAUCAUGGGGACAUUCCAAGGUCAUUGGAGGAAUUACUCUUACUUCCAGGGAUAGGCCCAAAGAUGGCUCAUUUGGUUAUGAAUAUUGCGUGGAAUGAUGUUCAAGGGAUAUGUGUAGAUACUCAUGUGCACCGCAUUUCCAAUCGGCUUGGAUGGGUGUCUCGACCUGGGACAAAACAGAAAACUUUAUCUCCAGAGGAAACAAGAGUGGCAUUACAACAGUGGCUUCCGAAGGAGGAAUGGGUACCAAUUAACCCUCUUUUGGUGGGAUUUGGACAGACGAUUUGUACCCCACUCAGGCCACGAUGCGAUUCCUGCAGCAUUACUGAGUUUUGCCCGUCUGCAUUCAAGGAAGCCUCAAGCCCUUCAUCCAAGGUUAAAAAAUCUGGUGUUAGAAAAAAGCUUUGAUCAUUUUAAUUCUUGGAAACGGGAUUUUAAAUUCCAUUUUGGUCCCUUGAGCUUUGAUCAAGGCCGGGUUAAUUGAAUUGUAAUAUGCUGCAACUUGAUAUUCUAAUAUCUAACUAGAUGUAUUCAUAUCUUAUUGAAAUUUACAAGUAUUGCUAGGUGUGAUUGUGAACCUUUCUUUCUAUUUUGUUGCGGGGCU